AUGAACCCCUCACGCCCCCUAACACUAAUCGUCGCAACAACCCCAAUCCGCGUCACGUCCACGGAAACCCGCCUAGGCAUAGGUCUAAAAGGCACACUCCCCUGGCAGCGUAUAAAAAGCGACAUGUCGUUUUUCGCACGCGUAACCACGCGCCCUCCAAUAACGGGAAAAGUCAAUGCCAUAAUAAUGGGACGUAAGACUUACGAUUCUGUGCCUUCACACCUCCGCCCGCUCGCGAAGCGGAUUAGUCUUGUUAUCACACGUGAUACGACAGGUUCUGUUAAGGAAUGUGUUGCAUCAGACUUAGCUGCUCGGAAGGAGAAGUUGGCUGCUAAGGCCCAGGCCGCGGCUGCGAAAGGCAGCGACGCAGACUCGCCCAUCGAGCCGGAUACUACUGAUGCGAUUGUUGCGGAGAGUCUGGAUAAAGCACUUGCGGCGCUUGAUGCGUAUGGCCCGGAGAGACUGGGGAAGAUCUUUAUUAUUGGUGGUGCGGAGAUCUAUGGUGCUGCGUUAAGGAUGAGCCUGUCUAGGCCUGUUCGGCUUGUCAUGACGAAUGUUGUGCGGAAGGCUGAGGGUGGUGCCGCUGUGCCGUUUGAAUGUGAUACGUUUUUCCCCUUAGAUGAGUUUGUGGAAGAGGGUGGGUGGAGGAGUGUCAGUCCAACGGAGUUGACGGAGUGGGUUGGGGAGGAGGUUAGUGGGGAGUGGAAUCAGGAUGGAGAGGUUGAGGUUCAAAUGGUUGGGUAUGAACGCUUGAACUAG